UCUUAAAUUUAUUGGGAAAAUAUGUUAUCAGUAACCAACAUUUGGUCCAAUGAGUGCCAGCUGAACUGAAGCUAAAUUUGCCACCCUGUUCACACACAUUAACAUAUUUGUUUAUGAGCUUGUUUUGAUGUUAUUUCAAGGUUUUUUCAGCGAUUCUUGCAACAACAAAACAAACCCUCAUUCAAACCAGUGUCCCAAGUUUCAAAACAGGUUUGAAAGUGUUGCAAUCCUCAUAGUUCAUAUAAUGUUUACUUUGAGGUUAAUGAUCAACGUGUUGUGAGGUGAUGCACCAUUUAUUGAAAAAACAAAACCACAAAACAGCACGUGCAAUGGCUCUGUGUUGUAGUUUAUAGUUUUUCUCAGCAGCAGUUGUUAAAUGUCAUGUUGUGUGUGUUUGUAGUUGAGCUGCUGCCUGCUGCACUACACUACCCACAAUGCAGCAGUGCGGGUGGCGGUUUCACCUGUUUGUCCAGGUUAGGGAGGAAGGUGUGCGAGUGCAGCAGCAGAGACGAGACACUGAAGCAUGGGCUCCUGAUCGACUGACUCAUGGAGCCCGAGGACGACUCCUUCGACUUCCUCUUCAAGAUCAUCCUCAUCGGAGACUCCAACGUGGGCAAGACCUGCCUGGUGCAGAGCUUCAAGAGCGGCCUGUUCUCCGAGAGACAGCAGAACACCAUCGGCGUGGACUUCACUGUCCGCACGCUCAGCAUCGACGGACGCAGAGUCAAGAUGCAGGUGUGGGACACGGCGGGGCAGGAGCGCUUCCGCACCAUCACGCAGAGCUACUACCGCAGCGCUCACGGGGCCAUGAUCACCUACGACAUCAGCCGCAGGGACACCUUCGACUCGGUGGAGCGCUGGCUCCACGAGCUGCAGCGCUUCGGAGCCGCUAACCUGGUCACCGCGCUCAUAGGGAACAAGCGCGACCUGGAGGCGGAGCGGCAGGUGCAGUUCUCAGACGCCUGUAAGCUAGCGGAGGAGCAGGGCAUGCUAGCGGCGCUGGAGACGUCUGCGCGGGAGGCGCGGAGCGUGGAGGAGGCCUUCAUCAUGAUGGCGCGCCAGCUGCUGCAGCAGAACGGCCUGAGCGUCACGCCGGACACCGACGACCACGUGCUGCUGCGCACUAACACUCGCACCGUCAUCAGCGGCCCGGCGCUAACACACGCCGCGCGAGACAAACCGCAGCCCUGCCAGUGCUGAUCGAAACACACCGCUGUGUCCGAAACCGCCCGCUCGUUCACUGAUCCCUAUACAGUGUACGGCAGUGGACUGCACUAUAUUCGAUUCGGACGGUGACGUGUAGGCGACGCUGCGCGACAGACUCGGAGCCGUUUCGUCACAUAUGUACUUUUAUAUUACAUGUACCUUAAUUUAGAAAAUAUUAUUAAUAGCAAUAACACUCAAAAUGACUUUAUAUUGUAAUUCGUGCAGUCAAACGAUUAAUUGCGAUUAAGUUUUUGAAGUUUUAAAGUUUUUGUUUGCAUAAUGGGUUCGGUGUAUAUUUAUUCUGUAUAUAAACAGUAUAUAUUUAGAAAAUGUACAUGUCUAUUUAUAUUCAUUAAUUUAUAUUAUAUAUAUAUAUAUAUUAACAAUUUUUCUGAAAUGUAUACAUGCAUGUGUGUGUAUUUAUAUAUACAUAAUAAAUAUACACAGUACACACUUAUAUUAUGCAAACAAACGUUUAUUUGGUGUGUGAUUAAUCAUUUGACAGCACUAAUACUCUGCGUCAGCUUUGUGGUUUCAUCGAUGGUAUAUUAUUAAUUUGUUUUGUAAUGCUAAAUAUGUUCUUAAUCAUUAAAUACUAUUAAAACACUGUCAACAGAAAUAAAUACACAAUAACACAUGCUCAUAAAUUUAUGUAUUUAUUAUUUGUAGAAUCUUGAAACUCUCCGGAGCAGCAUUUUGACGAAGAUCGUAGUGCCGUUACUUUUACAUCAGAAUGAAUACGCUACCUACAGGUUAAAUCAUUUUAAAUUAUCCACCAAAUUAUCAUAAUUUUUGUAAAUUAAGAAAGAUGCCACCUCAGUAAAUUAGUAAAAUAUUAAACUGAGUUAACGCCUACAUAAUAUAUAUUAAUAUAAAUAAUGUAUGAAAUAAACGAAAGAAAUAAGAAAGAUUCGCUCGCAGAAUGCAUUGUGGGUAAAAAGUAGUGAGCAAAUGUAGGGAAUGAAGUCGUUCACUCAGCUUGGCUGACACCCGAUAUAGUGCACUAUAUAGUGGACGGGGAGCGGUUUGGGACACAGCUAACCACUGAGGGGCCGUUCACACAGAACGCGUUCGUCCAUUCUUUCAAGUCGGCUCUUGCGUUGGCUUUUGAAGUUCACAACGACGUUUGUGGAGCGCGACAUCAUACGGGGAAGGAAACAGUAUGAUGCUCGCAACGGUUUAGUCCAGGAGCUCCGGUUGGAUGAUGCACGGUUUGCGGCAUAUUUUGGACUUGAUAGAGUUGUGUGUUCAUAUCAAACAACUCCUUGUGCUCCGAAACUAGUACGAUCUAUCUUCAUUUUUUCUUCUUGUUUUUGUUGUUAUGGAAACGACUCGCUGCUUGUCAUUGGUCAGCUGUCAAAAAGUUGAACUUUUUUCAGUUUGACGAGAUGCUCUGAGCUGCAGAAAAAAGAUGCCAGCCGUGGCCUUUUUUUAAAAAGUGUUCAAGACUUUUCUGAAAACACGGUUUACUCCACAGGAUUAUAAUGUACAGCAGACGCUGGCAGCUUCAAAAAGCCUUGCACACUACUUUUCCUUUCUUUCUCCAUGUAGACACGCUAGACAGACCUGUAUGACUGUGCAUUGUGCCUCGCGUCGUUUACAGCACCUUGCACAUGAGAUGCGCGAGAAGCCUUUAUUAAUAUAGCACAGUUAGUUGACAGGAAGUGAGGUGUGUGAGAGAGAGAGAGGGGGGCGGGAUCAGGAAAUGUCCGCGAGCUGGGACUCGAACUCGGGACGCCUGUAGCGUAACAGCACUGUCAGCGCUGCCCACGAGGCUAGCGGCGCCAACAGAGCGCUGCGUAUUUAAUAGAAUUUAAACUUUUACACACAGCGGGCCAAUCAGAAGACCCCGGAGGCGGAGCAAGCGCUGCCAGCUUUUGUUUACAGUAGCAAGUUGGCAUAGCAACCGUUUUGUUUGAUGGCAAUGUGGCGGAGGAGGUUUUACUUGAACUGUUACUGAGCGCCGCGUCUGGCGUUUUAGACGCGUUCUGUGUGAACGGCCCUUACACGGGUCAGGUUUCCUGUGAAUAAGUCUCUGAAGGGGUCCGGUUACGCUGGAUUAAAGCAUUCGAUUCACUGCCGUCACCGCUGACGAAAACAAUCCCAUCACAUCUGAAGAGGUUUAUUAAUUAAAGGCAUUAAUAACUACUAAUAAUCACUAUUUAUUGAGCAUCGGAGUGUUUUGCUGUAGUGUGAUUUAAUGAGAGUUUAUACAGGCAUCCAGUGAAUGUAUGUUGAUUCGAGUGUUUUUGCGCUGAGGAGCAGCAUCAGUUUCUGCGGUGCAGACGAUGUUUGGCACAGGUGUGGGUGAACGCUCUCCGUCUCAGUGGACGUUCCUGUCAAAUCCAGAGGAAGUGACUGAUGUUCAUUAUCCACAGCAGAGCGACUCGAAUAAAGGCCAGACGAGAUCAGUGAGAACUGAUCACGGUGUUCCUCCAUCCACCUGACAAUGAAUGUUUGAUUUAGUUCAGUUUUCAAUUUGUGCACUUCCUUUUUGUGUUAUUUUGGGGCUACGUGUGCGGAUAUGAUUUAAACAUUUAAUAGUGUUUGAUGAUGACGGGCUGUCAGGGUUUGAAUGUGUGUACCAAAACUAAAAUGAUCUUGUAUUUUUUCUUUUAAAAGUUUGUUUUAGUGUCACUUCUCCACAUUUUUUUAUUAUUCAGUUCACAGUUUUGCUUUAAUUUGAAUCACUAAACAAUCAAAACCACUAAAAUCCCUUUCAAAAUGUAUAUUUUGUAAUGACAUUUUACAAUAUUACCAUUUUUACUGCAUUUCUGAUCAAAUAAAAGCAACCU